GUACGCGCAUGCGCAGUAGAGCGAGUGAGUGUGUGUAACGCACGACAGUACGCAUAAAGCAGCAAGGACAAUAAAUAAAGUAUACUUGUACCUGAAACUUGUGUGAUUAUUGUGAAUACCCGAAUAUUACAAGUGGCGACGAGGAAGAAGAACUUGAGUGCCAAGAAGUAAAUAAACAGAUCAUCUAAAUGGCUCAACUAGCCUCGACGCUGACAAGUCUCAAUUGUUUUGAUUGUGACGGUGACCCAGCUUCUGUAGGCACACGCUGGGAAAAAUGGAAGAGAGCACUGGAAAUAUAUCUAUUAGCUUUGAACAUAGAUAAACCAGCAAAUAAAAGAGCAACGCUCCUACACACCGGAGGACUAACUUUACAGGAUAUCUAUUAUAAUAUACCAGGAGCACACGUGGAUGAAGCAGAAGGAGUAGACGUCUACAAGGUCGCACUUAAUAAAUUAGAUGAAUAUUUUUCACCAAAACAAAGCAAGGUUUAUGAAAGACAUCUAUUUAGACUGAUAAAACAAGAAGAGAGUGAAAAAUUUGAAAAAUUCCUACUCAAAUUAAGAAACCAAGCAAACAAGUGUAAGUUUACAAACAUUGAAGAACACCUAAUAGACCAAAUAGUAGAGAAAUGCAAUUCAACGGAGUUACGGAAAAAAAUACUAUCAACAGGAGACAACAUGACACUCGACCAGAUUAUUAGUGAAGCAAACGCGUUGGAAGCAGUCAGCAGACAACUAGAAGUCUUUAAUAAAAAAGACUUAAGUCAUCAAGAACGAAAUAAUAAUGAAAUCAACAAAUUAGACUUUAAAAAGUACAAAAGUUCAAAUAAACAAGCAAAUAAUAGGAAUGCCGACGAGACUUGCUCAAGAUGCGGCAGCAACAAGCAUUCACAGUAUGACAAGAAAUGUCCAGCAAGAGAUAAAAGAUGUCUCAAAUGCAAUCUCUUUGGCCACUUCAGAGAAUAUUGCAGGACAAAACAAAAGAGAAAGAUAUUUGAAAAAAAGACAGAAACUAGACCUAACAAACAUAAGCAAGAAGACACUAAAACUGAAGAAGUAGACUAUAUUUUCCAUCUGGAUGAGGACUCGGUUAUAAAUUGUUUAGUGGGAGGAAUAAAGAUUGAAAUGCUAAUCGACUCAGGAAGCAAGUGCAAUGUUAUCACCGAUAAGACCUGGCAAUAUCUAAAGGAACACGAGGUAAAGGCUUAUCAACAAAUAAAAAAGCCAGAUAAAGUACUUCUGCCAUAUGGAAGUAAAAAACCUUUAGACAUUAUUGGAUCAUUUCAAGCAGAUAUCACCAUUAACACCAAUAAUUCCCCACGGAGAGCGACUUUCUACGUUAUUCGCAAUGGGACGCGAAACCUACUAGGGAAAAAUACCGCAAUCGAGCUAGGGGUACUGCAAAUCGGUCUUCAAAUAAACGCCAUCCAACCACUUCCGAAGUUCAAAGACGUCAAAAUUACAAUACCAAUAGACAAAACCGUCAAACCGGUAAUCCAACCAUAUAGAAGGAUACCGAUUCCUUUAGAAAAUAAAGUUAACGAAAAACUGGCAGAACUGAAGGAUUCCGACAUCAUUGAAAAGGUUCACGGACCUUCACCAUGGGUAUCGCCGAUGGUACCUGUAUUAAAAGAAAACGGCGAAGUACGUAUUUGCAUCGACAUGCGACGUGCCAAUAAAGCAAUAAUAAGAGAAAACCACCCAUUGCCUACGAUGAACGAGAUGCUACCAAACUUUAGACAAGCGAAAUAUUUCUCCCGAUUAGACAUAAAAAACGCAUUUCAUCAAGUAGAGAUAGACCCUGAUUCUCGGUACAUAACAACUUUCAGCACCAGCAAAGGGCUUUUCCGAUAUAAAAGACUAAUGUUUGGGAUAUCCUGCGCCCCAGAGAUAUUUCAAAAGGUUCUUGAAAGAAUGCUUCUAGGAUGCGAAGGCACAUCAAACUUCAUCGACGAUAUAAUUGUGUACGGACAAGAUGAACUUUCCCAUGAUAAAAGGCUGAAAAAGUAUUGGAAGUCCUGA